CAGAGCGACUCCGUCUGUGGGCAUCGGCCAAGAGGGUGUUCAGCUGACCCAUCCUUUGCCCGGGGGCUUCCCUGUAACUCCAGGAACGUGGCCGGAACCGCACUCCGUGCCGCAAACCUGUCCCACAGGCAUCCCCCGGGCCGGGCUGCUCUCCAAAGGUCUGCGACAGCUGAUCCCGCUGCAUGGUCCCCGAAGAUGGCAGUGUUCCCCCACCCCAGCUCCGGGAGGUGUAUGGAAGGCUCUGGUGCUUGGGAGGCCCGAGCUAACGGGCUGGGCUGGGAAGUUUUGGGAGGGACAGGGGAGCGCGGCAGCCUGCCCAAAACCGCGAUCAGAGCCGGCCGCGCACCCCUCCCCUGCACGCCGGCUCCCUCCCCCCGCCCCGGGGCUCUGCGGGCUGCGACUGUCCCCCGGCAGGCUCCCGGCCCGGCCGGGGGAGGCGGCGGCCCGCAGCCAUGGGCAGCGGCAGCAGCCGGCGGCGGGGGCCUGAGGGCAGAGCGGGGCAGAGCCGGGAGCCGCCGGGGCCCGAGGGCAGAGCGGGGCAGAGCCGGGAGCCGCCGGGGCCCGAGGGCAGAGCGGGGCAGAGCCGGGAGCCGCCGGCCGACGGGCAGGGAGCGGCGGCACCGCCCGGCCCCGGGCGCAGAGCCCCGGCCGCCGGCGGCAGCAGCGCGGAGGCGGCGGGAGGCGGCGCGGCCCCGCUCCAGCAGGCGGCUUUGUCAAACAGAAGCCCACCAGGCCCAGAGAACAACAACCUCAACCAUCAGUGCCCAGAAAGCAGCAAGAAGCCUUUGGGGCAGUCCACAAUAUUAUAUGAUUACUCGGAGGAGGAGCUCAUGGCAAGCAUCGAGCGGGAGUACUGCCGCUGAAUCCAGUUCCCCACCACGGGAAUGUCAGGCUUGAUCCUGGAAGCCCAGCUGAGCAGAACUGCUACUGACAACACAACGUCUCACCCAGCCAGACAGCACAGGAGAGGUGGGUGGGGAGGCUCUGGAGCACCAGAGGCAGCAUGGCUGCUUGGGAGGCACAGAGGAGAAAGUUCACCUGAUCAGUGAGAGAAUGAAGAUCCUCACCAGCUGCUGAUUUCUGAUUGGUGCCACUGGGAGAGGGACCAAUUCAUCUUAAGAAUCAAUAUUUAGAAGCUGAUUUCUAAAUGCUGUUUAUAAAUUAACAUGUACUAGAAUUAAGUGUCAUAGUAGAGAUGUUGAAAUGUGGUGCUUAGAAGGAAGAUCUUGCUUUGAACUUAGUAAAAAAAAAAGAACAAUAUCAUCUGAUCCAGAACUUAAAGGGGAUGUUGAAUGAAAUUCAUGUUUCUGCCACUUAAAAUGUGCCAGAUGUACUCCUUGCACUGUGCAAGCCUCAGAUCUAGGUCUGAAUUUGGCCGUGUCUCUUUCAGUCUGGUCCACAGUAUGAGAGAUAAGAGGAAAAGGGGAUUGAGCCCACCAUCUAGUAUAUAGGCAGUGUAAUCCCAGAGUUCAAAUCCCACCACACUGGCAAAUUAGGCUCCUAGAAGCCAUCAGGGAACACAGGAUUUCUGUGAUCCCUUUGGGGCAGGAUCCCAGCAUAGGUGUCCCACCUGGGGCACCUGGGCGUGGAUCCAUCCCAGUGAUGGCAGUGAAAGCAGGAGGCACAUCCCCAUUUCAGUCAUCCUCCUCAAGAGGGACUUGCAUGCUCUUGUAGAGCAGCUGUUUGGGAUCAGUUUUCAGACUUGCCACUUCUGGCCUUUCCCUAAUAUUUCUUGUCCUACAAGAAAAAUCACUGCAUUUUACCAUUAGCUGACUGCAAAGUAAACCAGAAAGUUGUCUCUCCUGAGGAAAUAGUAUUUUCAGUGUUCCUAGACAGGGAAGCCUGGUAUUUUGGGUUUCUGCUUUUGUUAUAUCUGCAUAGUAACAUAUUAUGAGUAUCUGCUUAUUAUCAGAAGUAGAAAAAUAUUUUAUUUCUAUCUUCAACUGAAGCAUAAAAGGCAUCAGAUGAAAUCUUCACUACAUGUAAAUGCAAGAAAAAACUGCAGGACACCUCUUAAGAUGCUGUAUUUUAAGUACCUUAUGAUUCCUGGGACCUGUGAAACAGAAAUAAAUGCAUCUAUACUCUGAA